CUCUGCCGCAAACCUUUAUGAAUGGCACGCGCGCGAGAGAGCGAGCGAGUGCGCGCGCGCGCCCCUCGGACCACGCCCCCCCACCGCGCGCUCCGCGUUGCUCCCGAAACACCUGACACCUCCGCGCCGCAUAAUUCCGGAGCUCCAAGUCAAGACCGGAGCUCCAGCCUCUCACUACAUGGUCUGUGUUCUUCUCCACAACUCGGUCCUGGGUCUUCCACUGCAAGGACUUUUAUGAAUACCGGCAAGCAACAGAAACCAGUGCUAACGGGGCAACGGUUCAAGACCAGGAAAAGGGAUGAAAAAGAGAAGUUUGAGCCCACGGUGUUCCGAGAUACAAUCGUUCAGGGCCUCAACGAAGCAGGAGGGGACCUGGAUGCUGUAGCAAAGUUCCUGGAUGCCACCGGGUCGAGACUGGACUACCGCCGCUAUGCCGAUGUGCUCUUUGACAUCCUCAUCGCUGGGAGCAUGCUUGCUCCGGGAGGCACCCGCAUUGAUGACGCGGACAAGAGCAAGGUCACGACGCAAUGCGUGUUCCGCGCUCCGGAGGAACACGCCGCAAUCCGCACCUAUGCCCAGGUUUUCAACAAGCUCAUCAGGAGAUACAAAUAUCUAGAGAAGGCUUUUGAAGAGGAGGUCAAAAAGCUCCUGCUCUUCCUGAAGGCCUUCAGCGAGGGUGAGCAGACCAAGCUGGCCAUGCUGACGGGGAUCCUCCUGGCCAACGGCACGCUGCCGCCGUCCAUCAUCACCAGCCUCUUCAGCGACAACCUAGUGAAGGAAGGCAUCUCAGCGUCCUUCUCCGUCAAGAUGUUCAAGGCAUGGAUCGCCGAGAAAGACGGCAACGCGGUCACCUCCGCGCUGAGGAAGUCCAACCUGGAUAAGAAGCUCCUGGAGCUGUUCCCAGCCAACAAGCAGAACGUGGAGCACUUCUCCAAGUACUUCAACGAGGCGGGCCUGAAGGAGCUCUCCGACUUCCUGCGCUUGCAGCAGUCCUUGGGCACCCGGAAGGAGCUGCAGAAGGAGCUGCAGGAGCGCCUGUCUCAGGAGCGUCCCAUCAGAGAGAUAGUGGUGUACGUGAAGGAGGAGAUGAAGAGGAACGACCUGCCGGAGCAGGCUGUCAUCGGCUUGCUGUGGACGUGUCUGAUGAACGCGGUGGAGUGGAACAAGAAGGAGGAGCUGGUCACAGAGCAGGCCCUCAAGCACCUGAAGCUCUACGCCCCGCUGCUGGCCGUGUUCAGCACCCAGGGCCAGUCUGAGCUGGUGCUUCUGCAGAAGAUCCAGGAGUACUGCUACGACAACAUCCACUUCAUGAAGUCCUUCUCCAAGAUCGUCGUGCUCUUCUACAAAGCCGACGUGCUGAGCGAGGAGGCCAUUCUGAAGUGGUACAAGGAUGCUCCGGCAGCCAAGGGGAAAAGCGUCUUCCUGGAGCAGAUGAAGAAGUUUGUGGAGUGGCUCCAGAACGCAGAAGAAGAGUCUGAAUCGGAGGGGGAUGAGGACUAGCGAUGGAUCCGAGUGUCCGCUCCAUGCGGUCUUCCCAUCGGCGGCUCAGUAGCGUGUGUGUAGCGUCCAGCCUAGAGCUGCGGACUGUCCAUGAACCGCAGGGGAGCAGAGCGUCUCGCAUCACCUGUGUGUCACGCGUGUUCGUGGGUUUAGAAGUGCACAGGGUGAAAGUUCAGCAGCCGUUUAGACAAUAUCUUAAAAAAUGACGAGUUUUAACAGCGAGUCCUUCCUGCUAUUCAGGUACAGCGAAAAGGCCUUAGAAUCACUCCUUAGUUUUCCGCGUUUAUUAUUCAUACUGACCUGUAUGUUACUUGGAAAUGC